AUGCAUGUUGUACCCGGGGAAAAAAUCUGGUCGGAAGUCGUGCAAACAAGUGCGGCGGCCGGAGAAGAAGACGACGAAGAAGAAGACGUGGUAAUGCACUGCGGAGCUGCUCGCGACGUCGAGCCGCUCGGCGAGCAAAUCGAGUCACGAAAGGCUGUCGUCCCACUCGUCUCUUCUUUUAGUUCUUCCCAACUUUUCUUCUUUUUUUUCGUCGUUUUUUGGGACAUGCUUUUUGAUAAGGAAUUUCCCCUCUUCUGUCUUUAUUCUGUGAAAGAGUGA